CGCUUUAAAUCUUUCCACACUACCUGUCUCAUGCUGGAUAAGAUAGAGACACAGCAAUCACACGUGGUGAAUGCCCCUUCUAGUUUGUCACCCGAAUACAUCUCUCUCGAUCCCUCAAAGAAGAAAGAUAAGUAGAAGACAGGGACAAAUAAUCAUUAAUCAAUCUCCGCCGCGUAAGGAGCCAUGGAUCCACCACAGCUCUGCGUCCUGGAGAGCGCCGUCGUAGCGCCCCCGCCCGCGCCGGAGACCUCCCUCCCGCUCACCUUCUUCGACGUCUACUGGCUCAACUCCCCGCCCGUGGAGCGCGUCUUCUUCUACAGCCUCACCCCAGACACCGGUGGCAAAGACGGUGUCUCCUCCGCCAUCCUCUCAACCCUCAGGACCUCGCUCGCCCAAGCCCUUCGCGCCUACUCCCCCCUCGCCGGCCGCCUCCGGCUCACGCCCGGCACGGCCGACUGCUACGAGCUCCACUACCAGCCCGGCGACGGCGUCGCCUUCACUGUCGCCGAGUACGCCGUCGAUUUCGACAAGCUGGCCGCCGACGGGCCGAGGGAGGUCGCCAGCAUCUUGCCGCUCGUGCCGCCUCUCUCGACGGGGGUUGGCCCGGUGCUCGCCCUCCAGGCCACCGUGCUCCGCGGCGGCCUCGCCGUUGGCAUCUCCCUGCACCAUGCCGCCUGCGACGGCGCCUCCUCCACGCGCUUCCUACACGCCUGGGCCGCCGCAAGCACCGGCGCCGCCGCGCCUCCUCCCCCGGUGGUCGACAGAAGUCUGGUCACCAAGGACCCGAGCUCCCGCCACAUCUACGACAUUUACGUCGAAGACCUCAUGAGCACCGAGGAGAUGGAGUACGUUAAGAUGUCCAGCGACAAGCUCCUCGCCACCUUCACGCUCUCGAGGAAAGACAUCCAGCGCGUCAAGGACGUUGUGGCCGCCGCCGCCGGCGAGGCGGGCGCGCCGCUGCCGCGAUGCUCCUCCCUCGUCGCCACCUUCGGCCUCAUCUGGUCCUGCUACCAGCGAGCCAAAGACGACGACGAAGCAAGCAGCGGCGACCCAACCUACAUCCUCUUCCCCAUCGACCACCGCCCGCGGAUGAAGCCCGACCCCGUACCGGACGAGUACCUCGGCAACUGCAUCGGUGCCGCCCUGCAUGCCGCGCCCAAGGACCAGCUCACGGCGGCCGGUGCCGGUGGCAUCCUCGUCGCGUGCACGGCUGUAGCCGCGGCCAUCGAGGAGGCGAUGGGCCACACCGCGUCGCCCGAGAAGAUGGAGUCGUGGCCGAAGAAGAUUCUAGAGGCCGUCGCGACCGGUGGAGGUGUGCUGAGCGUGGCGGGGUCGCCGAGGUUCAGGGUCUACGACGUUGAUUUCGGGUUUGGGCGGCCGGCCAAGGUGGAGAUCGUGUCCGUGGCGAGGACCGGCGCGAUGGCGCUGGCGGAGAGCCGCCGGAGCAGCGCCGGGGGCGUCAUGGAAGUGGGCAUCUCUCUACCGCCGGCUGGCAUGCAGAGGUUCCAAAAGUGCUUCGACGAUGCCAUUUCGUGGCUUCAUCACCACUAAACAAGCUAUAAUAUACUCGCUCUGCUCCCAAUUACUACUUUGCAUUAUAGUUACCUAUACAAAUUUCAGUGUUAGAUUCGUAUCUGGACAAAUCUAGAACGGAGUUAAUACUUGAGUCUUAUAUGUAUUGUAAAUUUGUAAUUUGUAUUUUUGAAAUCACGCAAUUAUUUGGAAUGGUAGAGAGGUUGAGACGGGGCGAUGUGGCAGGUCCUUGUCGGAGAUGAUGACGCGGCUAUCGCAUGCGAGGACCAUGGUUCACAAGUUUGUGAGGAUUUUUUUAGGCUGAUCGUAAUGGUGAGUAUCAUGUAUAUGAUACUAAUGUAUAAUACUACACCCGUAGUGCAUAAUAUCAUGUGUUAGUAUCAUAGAUAACUUCAUUUAUUGACAUGCAUGAUACAUAUUAGCACAACAUUUAAUAUGAUACAGUAUCAUGAUAUGAUGCUCACCCCACUCUUUCUUCAUUUAAUUCUAUGUCACCUUAUCAAAUUUUCCUAGUUGGCAUGCAUGAUACUACUCUAUAAUACUUCCAUUACGAUCAACCUUAUCGCUUGGAUUAGACAGGCACCAAGCCCGAGCAGGGGACGAUGUAUCGGAGCUUAAGGAGAGGAAAAAGGUUGUCGGUUCAGGCCAGGGGUGCUUAUUGGUUAAUAUUUAUGGCUACAUGAGGAAUAUGAACAACAAUCGUUGGAUUUGAAUUCCAACAACUAGAAGUCGACCGAGCAUGUAUGAUCAUUGUAAAAUGGACGGAGUAAUAUAGUCAUAGAUGGCGGUAGCCCUUUUAGUA